AUGGACGAGAAGCGGCGCCUCAUCGUCAGCAAGGAGAUCGACGGCCUUCGUGGCGUCGCCUUCGUCGGCAUUUCCGUCAGGUUCGUCCCUUCUUUUCAUUCUCAAACUGCUAUUAAUUCACUUUCUGUAUUUCUAUACUAGAUUAUUCUUUUUUAUUCAACUACGACUUUAAUCUUCACUUUGACAUUGGCCCUCUAAAAGACGGAAAAUUCAUUAGUAAAAACAUUUUUGAUAAAUUUUCCAAGCUUGAAAAAAGUCCAACCUGUGACGGCCAGCAGUCAUGUCUACUCAAAAUCGAGAAAAUUAGCUUCUUUAGACGAAUAUAUUUCCACUUUCCGAUAGAUUUAUCUAUAGGAAAACGUUUGGCCCUUUCUCGAAUUUCUAUAAUUUCCUUUCCUGUACUUUUUUUCAUUUUAAAGUCAUUUCUCAUUUUCAAUAUUUCUUCUCGCAGUGGCAAUUCUAAAUAAAAUUGAGAAUGAGACUCUUGAAGUUAAAAACAAAAAAUUCGGUGAAAACUAGAACAUUUUUCAAAAAAAUCGUUUUUUUCAAUGCAUUUUGGUUCUCAAUUUUUUUUCAAAUUUUCCUAUAACAUCCCCUGUAUGUCUUUUUUUCUUCAAAAGCUCCCAUCCAUCAAAUAAUAAAUGGAUUUUCAGCAUUGCCGCGACUUUGCUGGCGAUCAUCGCCUUCCCGGCCUUCUACAGCUACGUCCAGCACGUCCACUCUCGCCUGGAGACCGAGGUUCUCUUAUUUAUUCAUGAAAAAAUGAACAACUCAUAGUUUUCAGGUCGACUUCUGCCGCCACCGUUCCAUCGGCCUUCAUGAACGAUACGACGUCGUUCAGGAAGUGACCGGCGUCGAGUCGCGGUUCAUCUCCAAGCGAGAAGUCCACCACCGAGGUUGGGAGUACAAUUGAUUCAGAACUUCAAUUUUUCUCUUCAGUGACUGGAUCGACCCGAACUCGCAAUGUCCGCCGCAAGAAGGUAGUCCGCAGACGACAAGCCGAGUGCUGCUCCUGCGGAGCCGGAUCUCCAGGACCCAACGGAGCUCCAGGAGCGCCAGGAAACGACGGACAGGACGGUCAGCCUGGAAAGCCUGGCCUUCCUGGCAACGACGGCUCCGACGACAGCUCUUCCGGCCCACAAGUCGAGGCCUGCUUCGACUGCCCCGAGGCUCCAGCUGGACCACCUGGACUUCCAGGACCAGACGGCCGACCAGGAAACGCCGGCCGACCAGGAAAGAGCGGCGGCAGCGGACGACCAGGACCACCAGGACCUGCUGGACCCGCUGGACAACCCGGACAGGAUGGAGCUCCAGGAGACGACGGAGCUCCUGGUCAGCCAGGACAGACUCGCGAAGUUCCCGGCGCUCCCGGACCAGCUGGACAGCCUGGAGAGGCCGGAGAGCCUGGAGAUGCUGGACCAGACGGACGGCCAGGACAAGACGGUCAACCAGGUCAAGAUGGCCAGCCUGGAGCGCCAGGUAACGACGGAGCUCCUGGAGCCGAUGGACAGCCGGGAGACGACGGCGCCGACGGUGAGAAGGGCUCCGGCGGCGGCUGCGACCACUGCCCACCGCCACGUACCGCUCCAGGAUAUUAAGAAGACGCUCCUGGAACUGUUGAAAAACCUCGUCUUUCCAACGCCAAUCCUUUUUGGUUGUUCCCCUUUCCAUGUACUGAAAUAAAGCUUUAAAACUGGUUCAUUGAGCAUGGCACUUAUGGCAAGAAUUAUCACAAUUUCGAGAAGUGAAUUGAACUUCGACAUGAGGAAAUUACUACAGAGACGUCUAAAACCCCUCUUAACUCAUACUAUUCAGCUAAUCUUACUAGGGAAUGGUCUCCAUUCGCAGUGGGACUUCUGAAUGAGACUAGGUUCACUAGAUGUAGUUUUUCACGCUGAUUCCAUAUCUGCUCUCAAAAACUGCCCUCGAAGCCUGUGAAAAAAGUUAGGGGCUCUCAAAGUCGAAAAAUUCGAUGUCUCCGAUUGAUCUCAUUUUUAGAGGGUAUAUAGUCCUUGUUCCCCCGGUCACGAAAAAUUUUUUUUGAAAAUUUUGACACUCCAACUCCAUGCUCAUACACAUGGAAAAUCACGGAAAAUUUCAUUAAAAAAAUUUGUGACAAAAAUAAUUUCAGCUGUUGGAAUAGGUUCAAAACGCAGUGUUUUCGUGUUUAUACGCCUCAAAACUCAAAAAAGGAGCAGUUAGACGAAAGUAUCCAAAAAAGGAAAAAUUGCAAAAAAAGUUUGCACAGCUUGGGCACCGAACCUAUGACCUCGUGAUCUCCAGUCCGCCGCCUUACCACUGCUCCUCGCUGCCGUUGCUUCGACAGCCGUCGGGUCGCCAUAGGACACCGCGCUCGCAUGCUCUUGUGUUAG